AUGGUGAAGAAAGUUGUGGAUCCUUUAAAAGAUGGACUCUGGUCCCUCAACAGAGUCUAUGAGGCUCUCAUUGAUGGAGAUGUAGAUUCUUUUAGUGGAGAGUUUAGAAAUUACAGCUUCAUCAGGGAACAGAUUGUUGAGACUGAACAGAGUCUGCAGAAAUCAGAACAGGCAGCAAAUUCAGGGCUGAAGAGUCUGGAUGAAAACAUUGAGAUCCUCACACAAGACGAGGGAAAACUUGAACGAGAGAAGAGAUCUACACAACAGGACUUAGACAACCUGAAAACAGAGCAGGAGUCUAAUAAUAAACUACUGAAACAGUCUGAACAUUCUGUGGAGGUGGCCAGAUCACUUCUCAGAUCAGCAAGAGACACACUUCAGAAACAGGAAGAGAGAAAACGUAAUGCUGAGAUUGUGACGGGUGUGGGAGCAGGACUGCUCGUUAUACCAGUUGUUGGAUGGAUCGCUGGUUCUGCCAUGGUUAUUGGUGGAGCAGUAGAACUGGCUGAAGCUUCUAAGGCUGUAAGAGUUGCUGAAGAAGAGGAGAGACGGUCUGAGUCUGAAGUGAACCAGUACAGAAGUAGAGUGUCUGAAUACAACUCCAAGAUUUCCCAGACUAAGAGCAAAAUCAGUCAGAAACAUGACGCGAUAGAGCAGAUCCGUAAAAAGAUCCAGAAGUUAAAGGAGCAGAGAGCUGCUGUAGCUGAGUUUCAGAGCACUGUGAGAAAAGCCGUCCGCAUUCUGAGCAUUCUGAGUGGGAGGGUUAGUGCGGUCGAGUGUCAGACUCGCAGAUUCAUCCAUCUGGAGCCGGUGAUGAAGGUGAUGGAGGAUGUGAUGAAGGCAGCAGGAGAUAUUGGGGGGAAUCAGCUUCUCUCAGAUGAAGAUGUACCAAGACUCCUCAAUACAAUGAGGGAGAACAACAGAAAACUGGCAGCGAUCUGCAAUUCAUCCAACAAUCCUGAAGAUGAGCAUUACUGCUGAGACUAUGGGAGGCAAAUCCA